AUGGCUCCUAGACCAGGUUAUGGUAUACCUUUAGUUAAAGACCAAUCCGGAAAUUUAAAGGCUUUUGAAUUUGCGGAAUAUGCUGAUGCUGAUAGUGUACUGCGUGCUUUGCGUGUACUUGGUGGUGAAGGUUCGGGUGAUGAUAAAAAAGUUAAUAUUAAAGCCGAUGAAAAUACAAGAAAAUAUCUUGCUCAAUAUGAGGCUUCAAGGCCAGGAACGGUGCAUGAAAAUAAACUAGCUCAUCGAACAUCACCAGCUACAGAAAUAAAAACAGAACAUGGAGAAAAGGAUUAUGACACAGAUUUACCGGCUGAUCUUCCUCUAGAUCAAAAGGAUCUUCAACGUGCUGCAGCAAGAGAACGAGAGCGUCAGAGAGAAGAUGGAAAACGAGCAAAUCGUAGAGCUAAAGCUGAAAAAGAAAGAGAACGUUCACAUGGAAGGGAAAAUAGAGAGAGAGCAGAAAGAAGAUGGCAACAUAGGGAAGAAACAAUGGCAACAAAUCGUGAACGUGAAGCAGAACGAGAUUUAGAUGCUAGAGAAAAACAAAUUCGAGAUCGGGAAAUAAUGGCGAGGAAGUUAGCGGAAUGGGGCGAUGACAUUGAAGCUCAUCAGGAAGUUUUUGCCGGUUAA